ACUUCAAUAGGACAUUGGACGAUAUUCGACUGAAAUUCGAGGAAGCUUUCGGAAUAGGAUCAAGGAUUAUGUUGGUAAUAAUCACAGCUGCAUUAAACCUGAAAAUAGGACACCUUCAAUUUGAAAUUGACGACGACAAAGAGAAGGUUGUUGAAUCAGCUAUCUCGAAGGUUAAAGGUAAAGAUGAAACGUCUCUCUUGCUCCCGUUCGAAGUCUAUUUCAAGGAUAACGUGUCUUUGGGUGUAAAUGCUGGUGGCCCCAUGAAGGAAUUCUUUUCCCGACUGUUCGAAGAGCUCUUCAAUGUCGAGAAGCAUUCCAUCUUCAAGAAACUCGAUGAUUCUCCUUCGUGUACGACAUUGUGGUUUAACAAGGAUUCUAAGGACCUGGACAAAUUGCGAGCAGUCGGGAAGCUGUUCGCUCUGAUGUUCUACAAUAAGGUCAUCGUCACAAUGCCGUUUCCAUUUCUUUUCUACAAGAAACUGCUUGGAAAUAUUGGAAUCGAAGAAAGGCAAGGAAGUUACGUGUCUCUAAUAUUUGGGGGCCAGGGGGUACAAAGUCCUUCAUUCUUUUGCAAAUUUUGUUCCCAAUUCGUACCAUUUUCAUUUGUAUUUCGAACUCGAGAGCUCAUUGAUACAUUUUCAUUUUGUUUAAAACAUUUCAAAAUAAUUGUAAGUCCUCGCGAACUAACGCGAGAUCGGGCUUUCCCGACUUGUUUCUCCGAUUACCUUACGAGUUGUAUACCGAGUUUGUUGGACAGAUAGCUCGUUGUCAAA